UUGAAACAUUCUCAACGCCUUUCAGUGCACCCUGCUCGGUGUGAUAAAGACAAGAAAAGGAAUUGUGGCGUGAUACGUUAGUUUGGUUGCCGGCUUUUGGUCAACAAGCCAUUUAGUUGCUCUUCGGCUACAGAAGUGAUUUUUCGGUCAUCAUUUGUGGAACAUAUUCUUUGAUUUUUCUCUUGCUUAUACCGCAGUAUUUUGAUCUGUAUUCAGGCUUGCAAAAAAUGUUGCGAAAACUCGUGACUUCUACCAGAGCGUUGCCGCUCCAACGCACUCUAUGCAGCAAGGCCUCGUCCGAUGCCCUCGUUUUGACGGAAUUGGAUAACAAAACUGGAUAUGCCACAGUCACAAUGAACAGAGCGCCAGUGAACAGUCUGAAUCUGGAACUCAUGACCCAACUCGUCAAAACUGUCGACGACCUGGAGCGGUCAAAUGUGAAAGGAUUGAUUUUGACUUCGUCUUUCAGCAAGGUCUUCAGUGCCGGUUUGGACAUUGCCGAAAUGAUCAACCCCAAUCCGGACCGAUUGAGAGCCGUCUGGGGAAUUCUUCAGGAUUUGUGGGCAAAACUGUACGGAACGCCUUUCCCGACGGUCGCAUUGAUCAAUGGAAGCGCUCCAGCUGGUGGAUGUUUAUUGGCCUUAAGUUGUGAAUAUCGUGUCAUGUGUACAAACUUCAGUAUUGGAUUGAAUGAAGCCAAGCUGGGGUUGAUCGUUCCACCGUGGCUGCAAAUGACGAUGAGAAACACAAUUGGAGCUAGGGAAACUGAAAGUGCGUGUCUCAAAGGAAGAAUGUUCAGCUCACAGGAAGCAUUGGAGAAAGGAUUGGUGGAUGAGCUCGCUGCGGACAAGGAAAAUGGGAAGAAAAAAGCAUUGGACUACCUAAAUAUUUUUACAAACACAUCAUCCUAUGCCAGAACGGGAACAAAACUGUUGCUCAGGAAUAGAGAUAUUGAAGACAUGAAACGUAUUAGCAAAGAUGAUAUCGAAAGCUUCGUGAAGAAUGUGAUGAACAGCGAAUUUCAGAACGGUUUGGUUGCUUAUGCUCAGUCUUUAAAGGAUCGUAAAAACAAAUAGAAACCUGUUUAUGACAUCAACAACUGCUCCAGAUUGUGCAUUUACUAUUCAACGCUACUCAUUUUUUCUCAAAAGUUUACAUUAAAUGGACAAUAAUUAGUUUAUCAUAUCAUAGAAUUUCA